GCAGAUCCAAAUAAACAAGGCUGGGAAGAAGCGGAAUUUCCGAUCCUUUGUGAAACAUGUCUGGGUGAUAAUCCUUAUGUUAGAAUGACAAGGCAGGGCUUUGGAAAGGAAUGCAAAGUUUGUUCGCGGCCGUUUACGAUCUUUAGAUGGUUACCAGGAGCUGGCAUGCGUUAUAAAAAAACAGAAAUUUGUCAAACUUGCGCGAAAUUAAAGAAUGUUUGUCAAACAUGCCUAUUAGAUUUACAAUACAAUCUUCCUGUUCAAGUUCGCGACACUGCUUUAAAUAUUACUAAUGACGCACCAAGAUCAGAAAUAAAUAGGGAAUAUUUUGCACAAAAUAUUGAAGGAAAGAUUGACUCCGGUGAUAGUCUUAUAAAUUAUGGAAAAGCAGAUUCAGCAG